ACCUCCCUUUUCCUCUCUGUACUCAGCAAUUAGCUCGUCUCUACUCCACUGCACUGGGCUCCUAAAACUACACUUACAUACAGUGUCCAUCCAGCACAAUGAAGACUGUCUUUACACUGCUGAUGUUGUCCUACCUGGCCUGCCACAAUGUUCUCUCAUGUAAAGGUCACGCACUGAAGUGUCACUCAUGCGUAGCAUCCAAUGAGGUUGACUGUAAUAAACAAGGCUCCACCACCUGCCCUCAAUUUGCCGACGCCUGCUCCACCAUCACAGGACAGAACACCGUGAUGAAGUCAUGCUCAUACAAGGAGUUCUGUGUUAAGGCCCACAGUGGCAACUCUGGAGCCAAGGUUGAGUGUUGCUUCACGGACGACUGCAAUGGGCCCCAUAAGGGCCACCAGCACGGGCAGCACAGGAACACAGCUGGAGCACUGGGAGCCAGCCCCAUGGUGUUACUGGGAGCUCUGACGAUGCGCAAGGCCCUUAGCGCACUCUGAUCUUAGGAUCCUAUGCUGACCGUCCUUCUACUGGUCAUCCAUCCAUUUACUCAGUUCCAUACAACACUACCAUGUAACUGUUCUCCACACUGGGGUCAGGAAACCUGGUGGAAUGGUGCUGGGGUAUAGUGAAUUAUACACGGAUUAGUAAGAGUGUGUCUGUGUGUUUGGGUGUGUAUGUGAGUGGUGUUUGAGGUGGGGGGGGGGGGGUCAUAAAAGCAAGUUUAAAGACAGUGGGGCUUGAUGUACCACUUUAUUUGACAGCUCUCUGUUUUACUAAUGCAGUUUUGUGUUUUAUGUACUAAUUGAGUUGUUGGGUGAGAACAGAGAAACUGGAGCUUCUGUAGUUAGUAGAUUGUGGGUGAAUCAGGCUGGAAUUAGAAGUAUAGAUGUAUAUAUUUACUAUGUUCAUGGGUUUAUCAGAUCUUAAAUGGCACAAAUGAUACAUUGUGUGGGUACUCUGCAGUCCUCUUCAACCUUUAACUACAGACAUCCUGAUGUAAACAGAAAGUCAAAGUGGUGGUAGUACUGCUUUUACUUUUCAUUUUGUUAUGCUUCAAUAUGUAUUUAUAAAUAAACAUGCUAUUACAAUCUUACUUUUAA